AUGUCAAACAUAUGUUUGAUCUCCGAUCGGCAUCGUAGUAUAAUAUCUGCUGUGGAGAAAAACCCUAAUUGGCAGCCACCAAAUGCACAUCACGUCUUCUGUAUUCGUUAUAUUGCAAGCAACUUCAAUCAAAAGUUUCGGAAUGAAGGUUAUACUCCGACCAUGGUUGAUUUUGAAAGGAACCUUGCGAGCUUCCGUGAAAGUAGUCCUCAAAUUGCUGAGUGGAUUGAUGCCAUCCCUAAGGAAAAGUGGUCGCGUGCCUACGAUAUUGAAGGACGGAGGUACGGUCAUAUGACAACAAAUUUGGCAGAAUCUGUGAACAGGGUUUUGAAGGGGGCCAGAAAUAUGCCUAUAACUGCAUGGGUUAAGCAUACAUAUAGCAGGUUGGUUCAUUAUUUUGUUGAGAGAGGAACAAAUGCCGUUGCAAAUCUUGAAUCAGCUUAUCGUCACUGUAAAAAUGUUGUUGAAUUGGUCAAGAAAAACCAGGUAGAUGCAAUAGGCCACCACGUUCGUGCAUAUAAUGUGGAACAUACCGUCUUCGAGGUUGAUGCUGGUUGGGAGCGUUCAUAUUCUGUCAAUCUCCCACAGAUAUUCUGUCAGUGUGGAAAGUUUAAGGCCUUUAAGUAUCCAUGUAGUCACGCUGCUGCUGCUGCUUUAAGUGUUAGGCAGAGUCCAUUCACGUACGUAGACGAUGUCUUCUUGACAACUAACUUGGUCGAGGCUUAUUCUUUUCCGUGGGAGCCAAUAGAAAAUGAGGAAGCAAUACCAGAAAUUAGUGGUCCGAAGAUUAUUCUCGAUGCCACUAUGUUGCGUGCAAAAGGUCGUCCAAAGUCAACUCGCAUCCGCAAUGAGAUGGACGAAGUUGAGACAAGUCAAAGCCGUAUCCGGUGUGGACUGUGCAAGGAACGCGGGCAUAAUCGGCGAGGAUGUCCAAAUCGUGGGAGAAACGACUAA